CUUUCUCUCUGAAACUGGUCUAGUGGACAGGUCCCCUGUUCAUGUGUUGGGUUAGAGAAUCAGGGUGUCGUGAGAGUUUGUUUCAGUGAGGAUCCUUGCCCUGAUGGAUUGCUGUGGUGGAUCCCCUGGGCAGUUUGGGGACUUCAAGAAGGAUGACUUUGAGGCUGACUGGAUUAAGUUGUCAGAAACCAGAUCUGGUCAGGUGUACCAAGUUAAGCUUAAACUCUGGCGGGAAAAAUAUGCCUUAAAAAGCUUUGACGCAAUCUUGUGUACCGACAACUUUUACAGGAAAAUCAUAGACGAGGUGCCCAAAAUUGCCAAACUGAGAUUCAAGUAUAUUAUAUCCAUCUACGGACUGUGCAGUGAAGCAAGGGCUGUUGUAAUGGAGUACAUGAGCAAUGGAUCCCUUAACAAUCUCUUUGCAAAUCAUACUUUGAUGUGGCCAAAGAAGUUUCAGAUGAUUUAUGAGGCCUCCAUGGGCAUGAAUUUCCUUCACAGCAUGACACCGCCACUUCUCCAUCUCAACCUCAAGACAUCAAAUAUCCUAGUAGAUGAUCAUCUUCAUGUGAAGAUUUCAGAUUUCGGUUUAAUCUGCUGGAAGGAGGGCAUGAGCAAGACAGCAUUCAUGGAGCAUCUGACAGCAAGAGGGAACAUAAGUUACAUUCCCCCAGAGACCUUCACUCAGUGCCCUGAUCCCCCAGGAACCUCCUUUGAUGUCUACAGCUUUGGAAUUGUGAUGUGGGAGAUUUUGACACAGAAGAAACCUUACACAGGGUGCAAUAUGACAACAGUGCUCUUACAAGUAUCUGAAGGUAGGAGACCCUGCCUGGAGCUGAUGUCCGACCUGAGGCCCAGUGAGUGUGAUCAGAUGAUCAGCAUAAUGAAACAAAGCUGGGACCAGGAUCACUGGAAGAGGCCACCCUUCUCAGACACUGUGAAGAAAACAGAGGCUCUGAAUGAAAUCAUGAAGAUCCCAGGACCACUUCACUGCCACAACAAUGGGAAUGUGGAGCAGAAAUCAAACUAUCCAUGGCUGGCCUCUCCAGGACAUAAAAUUACUUUGCCUGAGAUGCCCAACUUUCCUUCAGAAAGCCAAAACGACAAGGAUGGCAUUCUGUCAUUCAUUUACAAAAAGGACUUCAGUAGUUUCAGGCGGUCUGUGAAGAAAGAGCAUGUGUGUGCACAGUAUUCAGACCAAAAGAGCCUCCUUCACUACACAGUAGCCAGCGGUGAUGCACAAAGUGUCGAGCAUGUCCUUAGUCUGGGUGCGGAGGUCAACUGCACGACUGCCAGGGGUUACACGCCUCUCAUUGUGGCCAUUCUGCAAAGGCUUCAUGACAUCAUCUCUUUGUUGCUGGUACAUGGAGCAGCUGCAUCUCAAGGAGAUGAAGACCAGUGGACGCCACUCCAUUUUGCUGCUCAGAACGGCGAUGACAGGUCUGUCCGUCUUUUGCUGGACAAAGGUGCUUUGGCGGAGGUCAGGGAAAAGUCGGGUUGGAUGCCGCUUCACCUGGCCUGCCAGAACGGCCAUGAAACCGUGGUGCGCCUGCUCCUGUCACGGCUGUCAAAGGAAGCUAUCAUAGAGCAGGAGGAGGUGCAAGGCAGGACUCCGCUCCACCUGGCCUCAUGCUUUGGGCAUCUGAAUAUUGUCAAGCUCCUUCUCACUCAUGGUGCAGAUCCCAAUGGCACAGACUCCUCUCUAUGCACCGCUCUUCACUUAUCAGCUGAGCAAGGCCAUAACCGCGUAGCCAGACAGCUGGUGAAAAGUGGGGCAAAUACUGACAGUGCAGACAGCAGAGGAUACACACCACUUCACCUGGCUGCUCUGCAGGGUCAUACGGGCAUUUGCAGGCAGCUCUUGUCAAAUGGUGCCAAAGCAGACUGCAGGACCCUUCAAGACUGGACCCCAGUGCACCUGGCUGCUCUGAGGGGACAUGACGCUGUAGUGGUCCAGCUAGAGACUCAGGGCGCUUGUGUAAACUCAAAAGGCCAGAAUGGAUGGACUCCACUACACCUGGCUUGCCACCAGAACAAGCCGGACGUAGUGGCAAAACUCCUGGCAGCCGAAGCCGACCCAAAUAUCAGAGAAGACAGCGAGGGGUGGACCCCACUGCAUGUAGCCUGUUCCAGUGUCAGCUUCCCCUGUGUCCUCCACCUGAUAUCACAUCAUGCAGAUGUCAAUGCGGUAAACUUAAGAAAGCUGAAACCUUUACACCUGGCCUCCCAGCAUGGCUGUGUGCCCAUUGUAAAGGCCUUGCUGCUGAAUGGAGCAAACGGGACACCAGUAGAUUCUUCUGGCUCCUCUGCUCUCAGUGUAGCCAAGCGGUGCAAAAAAUGGGAAAUAGUUGAGCUACUGGAGAAAGAAUGUUGACUGUAACUCAACUUAUGGUGAAAAUGUUAAGAUAAAAUGAAGCAUUAAUGCUGGCAGCCUUUCCCCUUUCAGUGUUUGUUGAAGCUUAAAGGGGACCUAUUAUGAAAAACAAGUUU